AUGACUUCUCACGACGACCCCCGGGUUAAAAGCCGCAGCCCCUCGCCUCAUCCUCAUCCAUAUCUCGAUCCCAAUACCAACCCCAACGUCCAAAACACCGGCGCGUCGGGCACUAAUUCCUACAACUACUCCGCUGGUUAUCUUGCGGCCCCUCACGGCCUUCCACAGUCCUUCGAAACCAGCCUCCUCAAUCAGUUGGAACAGUCUUCGUCGCCCAAUAUGCCCAUCUCUUCAGAGGAGAAUUUCUCCAAUCUUCUUAAUUCCAACCAAGCAGAUUUCGACUUUUCCCUCUACCAGAACCCCGCCAGUCCGAGUAGUACUACCGCUCCCGAAUAUGACUCGUCCUUGCUGCUCGAUCCCCAGCUUAACCAACAGUCCCGACCGUCUAGCCAGUCAAUCAAUCCCGCCGAUUUGGUCAGUCCCAUUUCUUCGCCCCAGGACACCACGCACCAGCACUCCCCGGGCCCCAUGUCGCCUCCAAGCUCCGCAGGGCCGUAUUAUACCCCGCAGCAUUCGCGCCAUACAUCCUUGGAUCCGUCCACCGCUGCGUUUCUGACCACGGGACAUUCCAAUUCGGACUGGCAGUCUAUGAUGGGCAGCGCGGCGUUUCAGGGUCAUCGUCGUGCGCCGUCUGAGGUGUCCGAUGUCUCGUCCGUUGCGCCUUCGCCUUACAUGUCGCAGCACGAAUCUUUUGACGGCGUGGAGAACAACCCGUCCCCGUUGCUGGCGCCCCAGAACGACCCCGCCUACGAUAACCUGGGAAUCGAGUCUUUCACGCUGUCCGACCAGCAGCACCCGCAACAGCUUCAAGGCUUCAGUCCCGCUCACAGUCCGUAUCUGUCUCCGCAACUGAUGCCCCAGCAAGGACCGGAGAUGAUACCUAAUAUCCCUUACGUCUCUGCCCCAGCCGAUAACAACAACAAUGCACAAUAUCCUAACCCUCCUACCGAUAUGUAUGGCAACGCAGAUGCGUUUCCAAACUUGCAAGUGCCGGGAGAUAUUGGUCAAGCAUCGCAGAUGGCCCCGCCGUCGAUCAAUGUCGAGUUUGCUCCUCCUUCGAGGGAUCCUACUGUUACAGUUUCAAAGUCGACGGACAUUGACUCUUUGAGUCCGCCAGCACGCCGUAUUCGCAGUGUUUCCGACCCAUACACGCGCACAGCACCACGACCCCGAUCUCCAUCGGCCGCAAGUAGCUUGGCUCCUUCGACUCCUGGUCGAUCUUUAUCGCCAUUUGACCCUGUCACCUUCAACCAGUCUCUGAGCAACCCUAGUUCCCGGGAGCCAUCACCGGCCCGGUCCAGUCGCCGGCAGUCAACAUCCUCCAUUGAACGCAACUACAUUCUGGAUCUGGCCGAUCCGCAACGGCCUGGAGCCACUUCCAACGACCGUGGACGGACACAGAAACAUCCGGCAACUUUCCAAUGCCACUUGUGCCCGAAGCGGUUCACACGAGCCUACAACCUGCGCUCUCACCUACGCACUCAUACCGACGAAAGACCCUUUGUCUGCACCGUCUGCGGCAAAGCCUUCGCACGCCAACACGAUCGCAAACGACACGAAGGCCUCCACUCCGGCGAAAAGAAAUUCGUCUGUCGCGGCGACCUCUCCCGAGGCGGCCACUGGGGCUGCGGCCGCCGUUUCGCUCGCGCCGACGCCCUAGGCCGCCACUUCCGCUCCGAAGCCGGCCGUCUCUGCAUCAAACCCUUACUCGACGAAGAAUCUUCAGAGCGCGAACGCGUCCUCGUGAGCCAUCAGCAACACCAGCAAACCGGCCAUCUGCAACCCAUCCCCCCGCCCCUCAUGGUCCCUGACAUGAACGGCCCGCACACGGGUAACUUUGUCCUCCCCGCCGCGCUUCUGGCGCAGUACCCCGCCCUGCAGACACUGCAGUGGGAUCAGAUCCCUUCUGGGGCAGAGGACGCCGGUGAUAUCGGGGGCCGGAACAGCUUUGACGCGAGUUCGGGGGGCGAGUUCGGGUACGAGGAUGAUGAGUCUGGGCUGAGCAGCGUGUCUGGGAUGAGUGGAGGGUAUCCUAACCAGGGAAAUAUGUAUAACCAGGGACAGAUGUUCUAA